AUGACCUCGCUUCUUCUGCAUCACUCCCCCGCAGCAAGACUUCCACUUCGGAUCUCAUUCGGCAAUCAUUUCCGUUGCUGCUACUCGCCACUUCUUGUUAUUUCGAACAAGACAAGAACAGACCGGACUUCCAAACUUUCCAGCCUCAAGAACAAUCAACCCAGAAGAGAUUUCUCAAACAACAAGAUCGAAAUGACCGAACAACUUCCCGACAUCCCGAACAUCGAACGUCUCUCCCCCCGCGUCAUAAGAAUCCUAGGCGGAAACCCCUCGAAAUUCACCCUCCAAGGCACAAACACCCAUCUCAUCGGCACAGGAAAACGUCGCAUCCUCAUCGACACAGCAGAAGGUCUACCAAUCUGGAAAGAAAGUCUCGCAAAAGUUUUACAUGACGAAGGAGAUGUGGAAAUCGAAAGUGUGAUUUUGACGCAUUGGCAUCCGGAUCAUGUUGGUGGAGUCAACGACGUUAAAGAACUCUUGGGAGCGGAAGGGAAGAAUUUGAAGAUCUGGAAAAACAAUCCCGAUGCAGGACAAUCAGGCUUCGAAGAUGGGAAAAUUUUCAAAGUCGAAGGAGCGAAAUUGAGAGCUUUACAUACUCCGGGACAUACGACGGAUCAUAUGUGUUUCAUCCUCGAAGAAGAAAAAGCCCUCUUCACAGGCGACAACGUCCUCGGACACGGGACUGCAGUUUUCGAAGACCUCACCGCAUACAUGAAUUCGCUGAAUAUUAUGUUAGAAGCGGAUGGGUUUGAGGGACGGGCAUAUCCGAGUCAUGGGGUUGUGAUUGAGGAUGGGAAGGGGAAAAUUAAAGAGUAUAUUCAGCAUCGGAAGCAGAGGGAAGUAGAGGCUUUGGAGGUUUUGGGGAGGAAGAGUCCGAGUGGGGAUGAGUGGUGGGGGAGUAUGGAGAUUGUGAAGGUGAUUUAUGCGAAGUAUCCGGAGCAUCUUUGGGGGCCGGCGGAGGGCGGGUUGAAGCAGGUUUUGAGGAAGUUGGAGAGGGAUGGGAAGGUUAGGAGUAGGGAGAGAGAUGGGAAGUGGGCGCUUGUGGAGAAGGCGGCGUUGUAG